AGUAUAAAAAGUUUUAGAACCACUGAUAUAGAUUAUAUGGAUAAUGUAGAUAAUAAUAAUAGAUAUUUCCAGUUUUAAGACACACAGAAAAAGGCUAUUUAUGAAGGUCAAAGGUUAAACAACCUGUCAAAUCUUGCCAUGUAGUUUGCCUCAAGAAUUGAUUAUUUUAUUUCAGCACUACAGGACUAUAAAAAGAAACAUGACAUUUACCUUCACACGAUCAGUCGGCAUCAGCUGUAUCACAGCAAAAUGAAAUGUGCUGCUGCAGGUUGGGACUAAACUGCUGUCAAUAGUACCAUCCAGUCCUCAUAACCCAGUACUGGGUCAUACCCUGUGGUUAAAUAGUCCGCCGCCUGGGGUUUAUCUACAUUUUUUUCUACAUUUUUGCACCACUGUACUGUAUGACUGUAAAAAUAUAUAACACACCAAACUCUUAUGGAGGUGAAAAAGCUUCAAACUAAGUGUGGAAAAGUUUGAAAUUGACCUGGAAAGGAGUGCAUUAGCUCUGCAUGGAGCCGUUUAGCUCGGCCAAGUAAUUUAUCUGACCUUAAUUCACAGCCUCACAUCAAAACCUGUUUCCAAAAAGGGAGAGGAAAAGUGUGACCCUGCUUUAAUGACUAUGAAUAAUUUAGGAGUUUUUCAUUAGUGACUUUUUUUUUUUUGCUAUGUAAACUGCAGUGUUGCAGAGCGAACACUUGCUGAAGAGGAAGCCACAGCCAAAAAAGAAGGGGCUGCAGUGCAGGCCACUACAGUAGAGGAGUCUGUGGAUCAGAGGCUUGAUGUAAUGGCAGUAUCUGGGUAGUAGAAAAAAAAAAUCAAGCUAAAAGCUAAGAAUUAUCCCUAAAUGAUUAUUCCAGUUUGCACAGAUUAAUUAAUGAUGAAUGCAGUCUACUGUAGAUUAUAGUGGUGUUCACUUAAUGGUAAGAACACGUUCACCACACCUCCCCCCUCCGCUCUCCCCUUCUCUUCACGUUGCAGUGUCUUAAUGUGACGUGAUGCCAUUAGUAACAUGUUAAAGGCUGCGUUGUUUCGGUUGAAUUUUGGUCGCUGUGUGUCUUGAUGCUUACACUGCGCUGCUGUUGCUGCUACUGCUGCAUCUCUUCUUUCUCAUUACACACACACACACACACACACACUCGUCACUCCUACCAAGACUUCCAGCUGGCACAAUCAUACCUCCACAGGCGCUUCUUGAAUACCAGCUUGAAGAGAGGGAGAAGGGUUUGGAGUAAGCUGAGGAGGGAGGAAUGUGAUGGGACAGAGGAUUAUGGAGAGUAAAGAAAGAGCCGAGGAAUAGAUGAGAAGAAGAAGCAGAAGAGAAGUGGGAUGAGGAGUAUACAGUAUGACAAAUCUGAGGAGAGGAAUAAAGAGGUUACCCCAGAGAGAAGGAGUGGAAUCAGAGAGUCAAAUAAGGUUCUGUGGCAUCUUGACAUCUUCCGCCGAAGCUUUCGACAGCUGACGACGCACAAGUGCAUGGAGGAUUCAUGUAUCUUUUGCGCUCUGAAGAGUAUCUUUGCUCAGUUCCAGUUCAGCAGUGAGCGUGUGCUGCCGUCAGAUGCAUUGCGGAGCGCUCUGGCCAAGACUUUUCAAGACGAACAACGCUUUCAACUGGGUAUCAUGGACGACGCCGCUGAGUGCUUUGAGAAUCUCCUGAUGCGGAUCCACUUCCACAUCAGCGCCGAGAGUCGAGAGGACAUCUGCACGGCCAAACACUGUAUACCGCACCAGAAGUUUGCUAUGACUCUUUUCGAACAGUGUGUGUGUACCAGCUGUGGGGCCACAUCAGACCCCCUGCCCUUCAUUCAGAUGGUCCAUUACAUCUCCACUACUUCCCUCUGCAACCAGGCAGUAAAGAUGCUGGAGUGCAGAGACAAACCCACACCCGACAUGUUUGGGGAAUUGCUUCGCAACGCCAGCAACAUGGGAGACCUGCGCAACUGUCCGAGUAACUGCGGGGAGGUUUUGCGUAUCCGCCGGGUGCUGAUGAACUCCCCCGAGAUCGUGUCCAUUGGUCUGGUGUGGGACUCGGACCACUCUGACCUGGCUGAGGACGUCAUUCACAGCUUAGGGACAUGUCUGCGGUUAGGAGAUUUGUUCUACCGUGUGACAGAGGAGAAGGCUCGCCAGGCGGAGCUCUAUUUGGUGGGCAUGGUGUGCUACUACGGCAAGCACUACUCCACCUUCUUCUUCCAGACCAAGAUACGCAAGUGGAUGUACUUCGACGACGCCCACGUUAAAGAGAUCGGCCCAAAGUGGAAGGACGUGGUGUCUCGCUGUAUCAAAGGCCACUAUCAGCCCCUGCUGCUGCUCUACGCUGACCCCCGUGGGACGCCAGUGAUACUGCAGGAGAGCCCCAACCCCUGUACCAGCUCCAACCCGCAGCUGGAGCUCCAGCACUGCAGCAGCAAGGCUGGUUACGACAGCGAAGACUCCGGUCGUGAGCCCUCCAUAUCCAGCGAUACACGGACAGACUCUUCGACGGACAGCUCGAGCCACCGCGCCUCCCGCAGCCGAUCCCUCCACCAGUCCACUGGUAGUCACCUCUCCAGUGAAUCCCAGACUACAGUGGUGUGUAAUUUCGACGUUGGCACACCACCGCACAGUGCUGACAACAGAGAGUCAGCGGUGGAGGGUCCCCCUCACCCUCCCUCUCCUCCGCUGCAGGAGUACAAGGAGACGGCCGUCUUCCUCCUCUCCUCACGCAGGCCGCUCACCUCCUCUUCCUCCUCCUCUCGGCCCCUGUCCUCCUCCUCAUCCUCAGGAGUAGGGGGCUGUGAGGGUGGGGCUGGAGGCCCCCAUUGGGAGGAUGAAAGCACCAGCAGCGAGAGCAAGUCCAGCUCUUCUGGAGGCCGUUACCGGCCAACCUGGAGGCCCAGGAGAGAGGCCCUGAACAUCGACAGCAUCUUCGUCCGUCAACGCGGCUCCUCUCUGGGCUACAACACGCUGCCCGGUCCCUCUCUCCCUCCAGAGUCCCGGGACUCCCUCCCCUUGGUGGGACCCACUCCACCCACUCAGCAAGGGUUACCAGAAUUGGAAGGGAGGGAGAUUGGAGACUUGGAAUUGGGAUUUGGGCUGGUAGGGCAGCCCAGGUCCCUGGGCAGUGGGCGGACAAUGGGUCCCCCUGCCCCUCCACCUCUGAGAGGGGUGGAGCACCAGCCACGUCUGAUUCAGAGGAUGGAAAGUGGCUACGAGAGCAGUGAGAGGAACAGCAGCAGCCCCGACAGGGAAGUGGGGCAACAAAAACGAGUGCUGAUGUCAGGACCGUCAUGGCGUUCGGUGCCCAAGUCAAAGAGCAGCGGUGCCAUACUGCAAGAGCUGCCCUCAGCCAGCUGGGGCAGUGGCACCAACACAGGCUCAGGGCGCAGCGAACUAGACGAGCUGCAGGAGGAGGUGGCGAGGAGAGCUCGCCAGCAGGAGCAGCAGAAGCGCAGGGAGGCAGAGCGGGAGGCCGCUAUGGGAUUUAACCCCAGACCAAGCAAAUUCAUGGACCUGGACCAACUCCAACACCAGGCUGUGUUCAGACCCCUGCAUGAAGCUAACGUUCAUAGCGGAUUGGCUGUAGCUGCGUGCAUGAGGAGCACUGGCGGCCCAAUCAAACGCAGGCAGGAACAGGAAAUGGAACGGGAGACAGGAAGCGCCCGUCCACAGGGCCCUCACAGUGAACAGCCUGGCCCGGUCCAAGUACUGCUGACGCCCAAUCAGGAGGAGGAAGAGGACCAGGCUGUGCCCAACCAGGACGCUACUCUGGGCCCGGACCCGCCCCCUCCACCCUACCGGUCCACUCUCCCUCGUCCCUCACUCACCCUUAGCAUUACUCACCCUUGUGCCCCAUCCAAGCGAGGGGAGGAGGAUGGGGGUGGAGGGUGUGUGGGACGGAGAAGGGAAGAAGAGGAGGUUGGGAGGGAAGGGACGGGGGUGAGGCUGUGUGAGCUGCUGCAGGCUGGGGGGGUGAGUGUCAGGCCCCUGGGGAAGCACCUGGCCAUCUCUCUGCCCUCACUUCCUUUGCGUCUCUGGGAUACACAACACACCGCACACACACCACACUCCACGCACCUUGAACCACCACGCGCACGCCCUCCCCCUCCUCCAUCCUCUCCUUCCCCGAGCUCCCCUCUGGAAGCCCCUGGGCAGAGAAAGCCUCCGGCACCUCUUUGGCAGCCGCCCCAUUCUCCCACCGUGGCCACUCAGAACUGGCUGAGACACGGAGCCGCCUGUGACAGCAGCACACGUCAUUGGUCCUCCUGGAGUUUGGACCGCCCCGAUGCCGUGGUGACGCCCUACAGCACACCCCCAGACUGCUGUGUUCCCAUCAGGCCGCAGGUGACCAGCCAGAACUACAGCUACAGUUGCCAGUCCUCCCCGGGACACUGCGGCGCCCAGCACGCCCACCGAUGUGAGCGUGAAGAGGCCGAGUUGACUGAGCUGGAUUCCCUUUAUCAAGCCAGUCUACAGGCGGGGAGGACAGGUACGACAACGUGCACACGCUGCAGUCCAUCAGAGAGGCUCAUAUCAAGAGUGGGAGGCCAGGGUCGCUCUAAGACCCCCAAUGCAGAUAUGGAGAGGAGUGUGUACGGGGCAGACUGCACCAGCACCCCCACCUACCUCAACAAGCAGCCAAUGAUGUUGCGGGAUCUGCGUUUCGGGGCGGAGCCUGAUGAUGGUGAAAAUCUGAGGCAAAUUGGACGCAGCCUGAGUGGCACAGUAGUGACCUCGCGCCGCAGUCGCUUGACUGCAACCCGCAGCCUUGAGCUGUCAGGCAGUGCAGGGAGCUUCUGGCUGUGUCUGACUGGGGUCAAGCUGUCCUCUGACCAGAGUCCUGCUCUGUUCCACUAACGUCUCACCGUGCUCUCUUCUACAUGGUGCAGCGGUGAUGCAGCGGGGUCUCCACAGACCUGGCUCAGGAGGAUCAAAGCUACGAUCCCCCCUUUUUUCUCCUUUUCCCUUAAAUGACAUGCACACGCAAACACAUGCACGCACACAUGCACAUCUGCACUGACAUAGAGCCUCCCUCAGCGCCUGCAGCAACCUGCUUAGCCCCUCCUUGCCUCUCCCCCCGCCUCCUUUAUCCUACUAUUCUGUCUAUGCAGUCACUCUGACCCCCGAUGACAACCUCAAGCUUCCCCUCUUCUUCUUGGGACUGUUGUUUCUUGUCUCCCCUUGGGGGGUUCUCCCAGCAUGCCACAGUCGGUGGCAUGGUCAGUUUGGUGUUGAUGUCGCAGCAGCCCCCGGUCGACCUGGGACCUGAGCUCUCAGCAGGACCCUCAGCUCAGGGGGAGGUUCUUACCAAGUAGCCACGCCUCUUCCUCUUUCUUCAUGGGCAUUUCCUGUUGGACGCACACGUAGCCGAACUGUCGGCCAUCUGUUGUCAGAUGGACAGCCAUAGUUUUUUUCUCCCUUUGUUUUAAGGGUUGUUUUAUUUCCUCUCUGUGUGCGCACACACGGUAAACCUGUCCGAGAUUGAACUCUCUAACAACUUUGAAUUCAUGUACAGAAAAACUCAUGUAUGAAACCUGUAUGUUAAUUAAUAAGACCUUAUGGAAUGUUGAUAAUGAUAAUUAACAAAUAUUGAUAAACUUAAAGUGGUACUUCCUCAUGUCUGCAUUUCAAAUACGAGUGGAGUGCACUUCACAAGUGUCUAGCUGGAGUUUCUGCCCCUUAAAAAAACGCUCGCUGACCUAAUGACGGCUCUCCCGUUUCUACCGGGAGAUUAAACAAGAAAAGCGCUUCCUUUGUUUCUAGGAUUCUUUCCUCUCUCCUUCUUUCCUUUCUAGCUCUGUUAUUCUCGCUUGCUUUCGUCCUUCCUAACAGGAAUCAGUAGCACCAGAAAUAGGCCAGCGGGGAAGGAAAGUGGAGAGGGAAUGAGAGAAUGUAGGUUAGGAAAGCCUUCUCCUAGGUUUUAUCUGGAAAAUAAAGAGAGGGAGAGAGUUGACUCAAGUGCACUUUGCAUGAUGAUUCUUGCAAAAGUGCACUUUUUUUGAAGGCUGUUUAACAAAGACGUGGGCCGAGGGGGUGUUUGUUUAACUUUAAGGCCUCAGGUGAACUUCAGUGGCACUUAGAAAUUCACACUUUAAUAUUCCUCUCUCUCCCCCCACUGAAACUGGUUUUGCAAACUCAGUUGUGAAUAAAGAAAAGGUUAAAGACUCAUCCUCAGCCUGAGACAGUCACGUGUCUAAUAUGAAUAUACUUUAUAUGAUAUAUAUGUAUUAGAGGUAUAUUUUCAGCCAGUGAACUAUCUUCUAUAGAGAUGUCAACCAUUCUUCAGUUGUAUGAACAGUCUUUAAAAUGAACAGAUGAAAUCACUUCCCCUUUACAGAGUAGCAUCCUGACAUGUGUAGAGUACAUUUAUUAUAUGCUUUAUUGAAAUAAUAUGUAAAAUAUCAAAAAGUCCUUAUCUAAAAAAGGAAAAGGCCAAUGUGAAGUUGGACGAGACUUUACUCAUGUUGAUUGAUCAUUGUGACUAAACCAAAGGUUGGCACUUAACUCAGAGAGCUUACUUAACUUGACUUCUUUUGUUUUUCAUUUAGGUUCACCUCUGUUGAUGUUGACGUUUGUUUUUUUGUUGGGGUUCUGGAGGUGGGAGAAUGUAGCCAAUUGUAGCGCAUGAGUCCGCUAUGCAAAUCAACCUUCCCUCACAAUCCUGUAUCAAGAGACAGUCAGCAGGCAGACACACCGACCCACGGACGCUCUCACAGACUCUGACCGAGACACGGAGACACGGAGACACGGAGACCGAGGAGGAGAAUCUCAUGUAUUAAUGCUGCUGGUGAACUUUGUUGUUCUGCAUCUACUACUAAGUCUCAUCCAAUGGAAUGCAAAGAGAGAGCAACAGGAGAGAGCAGGAUGGAGAAAGAGCGUGAAUGAAUGUAAACUAAAAAAAAAAAAAACAGGGAUGAGAGUGUGUGUUUUCUGGGGUGACGUGACGGUCAGAGAGGGGUGGAGGUUUUUACUGAAGAUGGUUUACUGUUUGUGGGUGAGUGUAGACUAUGUGUGUCAGUUCUGGGCUGUUGUUGCUCGGGGAAAGAGGGAACCUGUAUUUUUGCAAUAAAGUUAUUUACCAAUGCACUCCCACGUAAACGUAAAAUA